AUGGCCUCUUGCUCAGAGCUUAUUCAAGAUGUCCAGGAAGAGCUCAUUUGCUCCAUCUGCAAGGAGUAUUUCACCAACCCAGUGUCCAUUGAGUGUGGCCAUAAUUUUUGCCAUAGUUGUCUCUCUAGCAGCUGGCAGGAAGCCUCAACCUCUUUCUCCUGUCCAGAGUGCAGGGUUGUUUCUCAAGUGAAGGAUUUCAUAGCCAAUGUGCGUCUUGGGAAGCUGGCAGCCAUUGCCAAAAAACUAAGACUCCAUUGUUUUCAGAACCCUGAAGGAUAUAGCAAUCAGAAAGAGCAGAAGUUGUUCUGUGAGAAUGACCAAAACCUUUCUUGCUUGUCCUUUCCUGAGUCCCAGAAACAUAAGGGUCAUGCCCUCCACUGCAUAGAUGAGGCUGCUCAGGAUGUCAGCGAAAUGCUUCAAGAAACUCUGACAGAUUUCAGGCGAAAACUGAAGAAUGUUGAGCAACAAAAGGCUAACGAGAAGUUGAGAUCGGCAGUGUUGGAGGAGGAGGUGAAAAUUCAAAAGGGAAAUAUUUCUUCGGAAUUCCAGAAACUACACAUUUUCCUGAGAGAGGAAGAAGCUGAGUGUCUAUCAGUUGUGCAGAGGCAAGGAGAGGCCAAUUUGAAAGGCCUAAAGAAGAAAAUAAAGAGACUGUCCCUUCAGAGUCAAGAAUUAAGUAAGAGGAUCACUGAGAUAGAUGAAGAGUGCAGGAAACCAGAUGUGGAUUUUCUCCAAGAUAUAAAGGAAGUAUUAAACAGGAAUGAAUUUCUGCUCCAGGAAGAAAUAGAUACGUUUGCUAUAAAGAUGAUUGUCUGUCCCAUCCCUGGAAUUAUAGAAAUGCUUUUAAAAUUCAAAAUGGAUAUCACUCUGGAUGAUAAAACAGCUACUCCAGGUCUCAUCAUCUCUGAAGAUUUGAAGAGUGCAAGAUAUGGAGGUGCCCAGCUGGAAGUGCUCAACAACAGUGAGAGAUUUAGCAAUUUUGCCCAAGUUUUUGCUGUUCAAUCCUUCACUUCAGGCAGAUUCUACUGGGAGGUGGAGGUUCCAAGCAACACUGAAUGGGGUGUUGGCAUCUCUAAAGGACAAAAUCUGCCUGAAGAAUUCUUUGUGCUUAUGGCUGUACAGAGUCAAAAUGGCUGUCAAAAUCUUUAUACCAUAGGCAAAUACUAUGUUUCUUCUGAAGCUGAUGUGAAAUAUUGCCAGAACUGUGUGACUGAACUAGUGGUGGGUGUUUUCCUUGACUGUGAACAUGGGGAAAUAUCAUUUUAUAAUGUUAAAGAAAGAUCCCUUAUUUUCACCUUUCCAACCAUUUCAUUCUCAGGACCCUUUCGCCCUGUCUUCUGUCUUUCUACAAAAGACCUGACAAAUGAUAGCUCUCUUGUGAUCUGUCCCUAA